AUGCGCUGUGUAUCUCCGCGUCUCCGUGGGUGGCUCUGCCGUGCAGAGAUCAAAGACGGGGGCAGCGUGGACACCAUCGUGACGCAUGAGGUGAAGGAAAUGGGCAAGCACACGCUCGUGUGUCAAGUGGCGUAUACAACACCCGAAGGGUUCGAUGUCUUCUUCCGCAAAUCAUUCAAAUUCGUCAUCAAGAAUCCGUUGGCGGUCAAAACGAAAGUCUACAAUGUCGAGAAGGAGGUCUUCUUAGAAGCACAGGUGCAGAAUCUAAUUGCCGUGCCUAUGUUAGUGGAGAGUGUGCGUUUCGACCCCAACCCACUCUUCACACUGUCUGACCUGAACUCUGUGAAUAAGUCAGACAUUGAGGAAAUCAGGAGACGCCUAGGCAAGGACACCCCCACCGGCCUGGCAGCCAUUGGAGAUGCUGGCAUGGGAUCUAUCAGCACCAUGGGCCGUCUCCCUUAUAUCAACCCCAAUGACAUACGCCAGUAUCUCUACCGCCUAACCCCAAAGACACCCAACGACCCACUGGCCAGAGCAGCAACGGUUGUGGGCAAACUGGAUAUCUCCUGGAAGACGAGCAUGGGCGAACAAGGACGACUGCAGACAAGCCAACUGCCACGCAAGGUUAAAGCCCAAAGCGACCUGACGCUUACAGCCACAUCAGUUCCUGGUAAGAUAGUCAUUGGUAAGCCCUUUGAAGUGGGGUGUGAGCUGUCUAAUCUGAGUGACAGGCGGAUGAGUCUGCGCAUGGUGGCUGUGAAGUCCAAAAUGUCAGACAUUGUCAUGAACGGCAUCUCCGGACAGCAUCUGGGAGAGGUCAAUCCGGAACACCGUCAGACUGUGACACUGUCUCUGUUUGCGCUCACUAUGGGUCUACAUCCCAUCACUGGGCUGCGAGUUACUGACCUUAUAUCUGGACGUAGCUACGACAUAGAAAAUCUGAAGGAUGUGCUGGUGACGGCCUCGUAG